UCGCAGCGGUGAGAGUCAGGCGCUCCACGGUCGGCUUCUUGGCUGGGCUCAGAGUCGUGCCGCACCUGGUCGCCAGCGCACAGGGCGAGGGAGAGCAUCUGUCUGUAUGUCCACGAAGGAGAGAAAGUACAGUAAGCGGGUCUCGUUCUCCGAAGACGAAGAUGAGCAGUGCUGGAAAGAGGAGAACGGCGGUGUGGAUGCACAUUACGUGAAAUCCGUCAAGACCAUUCGAGAUUGCUCAGGAUAUUACCGAUAUAAUAUGAAGUCGGUGGACAGCCUCAGCCACCAGAGGAUGACCAUGCAGCGGGAGAAGGGCCGGCGGCAGGCCGUGCGCGGGCCGGCCUUCAUGUUCAACUCGCGCGGCACCAGCCUGACCGCGGAGGAGGAGCGCUUCCUGGACGCCGCCGAGUACGGCAACAUCCCCGUGGUGCGCAAGAUGCUGGAGGAGUCGGAGACGCUCAACGUCAACUGCAUGGACUACAUGGGCCAGAACGGCCUGCAGCUGGCCGUGGGCAACGAGCACCUGGAGGUGACGGAGCUGCUCCUGCGGCGGGACAACCUGGCGCGCAUCGGCGACGCCCUGCUGCUGGCCAUCAGCAAGGGCUACGUGCGCAUCGUGGAGGCCAUCUUGGCUCACCCGUCCUUCGUGCCCAGCGAGCGGCUGACGCAGAGCCCGUGCGAGCUGCAGGACGACGACUUCUACUCGUACGACGAGGACGGCACGCGCUUCUCGCCGGACAUCACGCCCAUCAUCCUGGCGGCGCACUGCCAGAAGUACGAGGUGGUGCACAUGCUGCUGCUCAAGGGUGCGCGCAUCGAGCGGCCGCACGACUACUUCUGCAAGUGCAGCGACUGCGCGGAGAAGCAGCGCAAGGACGCCUUCAGCCACUCGCGCUCGCGCAUCAACGCCUACCGCGGACUGGCCAGCCCCGCGUACCUCUCGCUGUCCAGCGAGGACCCCGUGCUCACCGCGCUCGAGCUCAGCAACGAGCUGUCCAAGCUGGCCAACAUCGAGAAGGAGUUUAAGGAUAAAAAGAGCCAUAAAAAAGAGACUACGCAGCACAAUUGCUUCUCCCUGAACGACUACCGGAAGCUGUCCAUGCAGUGCAAGGACUUUGUGGUGGGCGUGCUGGACCUGUGCAGAGACACGGAGGAAGUGGAGGCCAUCCUGAACGGUGACAUCAGCGCCGAGCUGGAGGAGGGCCAGAGGCACCGCACGCUCCUCAGCCGCGUCAAGCUGGCCAUCAAGUACGAGGUCAAGAAGUUCGUGGCCCAUCCUAACUGCCAGCAGCAGCUGCUGACGAUCUGGUACGAGAACCUGUCGGGCCUGCGCGAGCAGACCAUCGCCGUCAAGUGCCUGGUGGUGCUGGUGGUGGCGCUCGGCCUCCCGCUGCUCGCCGUCGGCUACUGGUUGGCCCCGUGCAGCAAGCUGGGGAAGGUUCUCCGCAGUCCUUUCAUGAAGUUUGUGGCGCACGCGGCCUCCUUCAUCAUCUUCCUGGGCCUGCUGGUGUUCAACGCCUCCGACCGCUUCGAUGGGAUCAGCACGCUGCCCAACGUGACCGUCACCGACCACCCGCUGCAGAUCUUUCGGGUCAAGACCACCCGUUUCACUUCUACCGAGAUUCUCAUCAUGGUGUGGGUGGCAGGGAUGAUGUGGUCGGAGUGUAAAGAGCUCUGGACGGAGGGCCCCAGGGAGUACAUCCUUCAGCUGUGGAACGUGCUGGACUUCGGCAUGCUCUCCAUUUUCAUUGCGGCGUUCACCGCGCGGUUCUUCGCCUUCCUCCAGGCCAUGAAGGCACAGGAGUAUGUCGAUGAAAACAUCCAAGCCCCUGACCUUUCCAUGGUCACCCUCCCACCUGACAUCCAAUAUUUCACCUAUGCCAGGGACAAAUGGCUUCCGUCCGACCCUCAGCUCAUCUAUGAGGGCCUCUAUGCCAUUGCCGUGGUGCUGAGCUUCUCGCGCAUUGCCUACAUCCUCCCGGCCAACGAGAGCUUCGGUCCACUCCAGAUCUCGCUGGGACGCACCGUCAAGGACAUCUUCAAGUUCAUGGUCCUCUUCAUCAUGGUCUUCCUGGCGUUCAUGAUUGGCAUGUUCAUCCUCUACUCCUACUACCUGGGCGCCAAAGUAAACCCCGCCUUCACCACGGUGGAGGAGAGUUUUAAGACCCUGUUUUGGUCUAUUUUUGGCCUGUCGGAAGUGUCCUCCGUGGUACUGAAAUACGACCACAAGUUUAUUGAGAACAUCGGCUACGUGCUCUAUGGGAUUUACAACGUCACCAUGGUGGUGGUGUUACUCAACAUGCUCAUUGCCAUGAUCAACAGCUCCUACCAGGAGAUAGAGGAUGACGCAGACGUGGAGUGGAAGUUUGCGCGCUCCAAGCUGUGGCUGUCGUACUUUGACAACGGGAAGACGCUGCCGCCGCCGUUCAGCAUCGUGCCCAGCCCCAAGUCCUUCUUCCAGUGCGUCCGGCGCCUCAUCGGCCUCCUGCGCUGCCGGAGGAGGAGCCUGAAGAAGGACGUGGAGCUGGGCAUGGACAGCUCCAAGUCCAGGUUAAACCUCUUUACCCAAUCAAACAUCCGCAUCACUGAGUCACAGAGUUUCAACAGCAUCCUCAACCAGCCCACGCGCUAUCAGCAAAUCAUGAAAAGGCUUAUUAAGCGCUAUGUUUUGAAAGCACAAGUUGACAAGGAGAAUGACGAGGUCAACGAAGGCGAGCUGAAGGAGAUCAAACAGGACAUCUCCAGCUUGCGUUACGAGCUGCUGGAGGACAAGUCCCAGGCCACAGAGGAGCUGUCUCUGCUCAUUCAGAAACUCAGCGACAAACUCAACCUCGGGCCCAUACGAUGCCAGUGA